AUGGCAUUGUUGAUGCCACUAAAUGGGCUGAAGGAAGAGGACAAAGAGCCCAUCAUUGAGCUCUUAGUCAAGGCUGGCAGUGAUGGUGACAGCAUAGGAAACUGCCCCUUUUCCCAGAGGCUCUUCAUGAUUCUUUGGCUCAAAGGCAUUGUAUUUAGUGUCAUUACCAUUGACCUGAAAAGGAAGCCUGCAGACCUGCAGAACUUGGCUCCCAGGAUCCACCCACUAUUUAUAACUUUCAACAAUGUAGUCAAAAUAGAUGUAAAUAAGAUUGAGGAAUUUCUUGAAGAAGUCUUAUGUCCUCCCAAGUACUUAAAGCUUUCACUAAAACACCCAGAAUCAAAUACUGCUGGAAUGGACAUCUUUACCAAAUUCUCUGCAUAUAUCAAGAAUUCAAAGCCAGAGGCUAAUGAAACACUGGAGAGGUGUCUCUUGAAAACACUGCAGAAACUGGAAAAAUUUCUGAAUUUUCCCUUUCCUGAUGAAACUGAUGAGAAUAGUAUGGAGGAUAUUAAAUUUUCUACACAUAAAUUUCUGGAUAGCAAUGAAAUGACAUCAACUGAUUGCAACCUGCUGCUCAAACUGCACAUUGUCAAGGUGGUGGCCAAAAAGUAUCACAAUUUUGAUAUCCUGAAAGGAAUGACCAGCAUCUGGAGAUACUUAACUAAUGCUUAUAGUAGGGAUGAGUUCACCAGUACCUGUCCCACUGACAAGGAGGUUGAAAUAGCAUAUAGUGAUGUAGCCAAGAGACACACCAAGUAA